CCGGCAGUGAGAAUCGAACUACCACACGUGUCGGUCCUCGGCCUUACGAUCGAACAAUGUUUUGGUGUCGUCGCUCACCUCUUUUGCGUUUUGCUAUUUCCGUACAGCAUGAGUUAUAUAUAUGAUCAUGUAGCAGACGCCAGUUUACGUGUCACGAAAUAAUUUUUCUAUUGGAUGUAUGUGUAAUGUGCAAUCACUCACGCGUUUAAAGCAUGGCUAUCAUGCAAUCCUGUUGCUGCUGGCGGUCAGUCAGGAGGGGUAGCUUCGCCUGUGCUAUUUAUUCCGGAAUUUACUUUACCGUAUUGGCGCUAACCACGGGUAAAGUGCUCCAGGGGGAGAGUCAAUAUCUGCGGGGGAAUCGUUCGUUACCCGAAUCCACCAGCUUCCUAGAACCAGACACCAUAUCUCCUACGACAGUGCGGUUUAACGUGACGCUGCUUAUAUGCUCGUGCUGCGGUGUGAUUUGCAGUAUCCUGCUGCUCUAUGGCCUCUGUAAGGAUCAACGUGUCUUUCUCAUACCCUGGAUCAUCGUCAUCGUCACGAUUUGUUUUAUCGAUGUGGGACAUUCCCUGUACCUGUUCAUCGCUGCGUCCACUUUUGACCCGACGAAAGUGAUGUUAUACACAUUGAACUUCUUUCUUCUCUGCCUGAACAUAUAUUCCGUGUUGUGCGUGAUCUCCCAGUAUCAAGAAUAUAUGGCCGGUCGAGGCACCAUCGCGGAUGACUACGAAUACAGGGUCAGUAUUCUGAGAGUCUCUCAACGGAAAGAGGAACGGAAUAAAGGACGAAAAGUUCCAGCAGUGAGGUAUGCCAUUCAGCCGCCGACUACGACUGCAACGUCCUGUUUGAGUUCUCGAAGGGCUCCGACCAAUAACGAAACCAAAGCGACUGCAACACCGACGCAGAGUCCUACCACCGGUCAGAACACUCUCUCCUUAGAAAAAAGUCCUGUCACGGGACGACCAUCCAGAAAACACGUCCAAUUCCCUGACACAGCGCCCGACAGCCAGAAUGGAAAAUCCGAAGUUCCAAUCACGAUGUUGGUACUUCAAAUCGAAGCAGAGAAUGAACACGCGACAUCGUCGACCUCGUUGAAGCUUGAGGAAGCCACGAUCGAUCAGGUUCUUCUGUCUCAGAAAAAUAGCUAUAGUCAACACACCUGAAGUUUAGACUCUGCCUGUACCAUCGACGUGAAAGCUAACAACAAAAUUUUCUUGCCAUUUAUUGCCGGUUCUCUUAGCUCUCUGAGAAAUUCAUGCGGCUUACGAAUGGUUUCACACCACCAAUGAAUAAUUUAUCCUCGUAAAAGACGUCCUUGAGUACAAGCUAAGCUGUGAGACAAGAAACCGACGGUUGAACACUAUCGCUAUGCUAGUUCACUCAACGCGAUGGUCUAUUCUUUAUAUCAGCAUUUUGAUCGAUUGCCACCUCUGCUUUGUCGGUUAUUUCCAACUGAUAGUACCCGCAUAUCUGACUCUUUGGUUUUCUUGCGAUAUAUUUUACAUUUUACAUUUAACGUAUUACAUUUCGUGCUAUAUUAUUGUUAGAAGUCAAUUAAAAUUGUCACAGGAGAAGCGUCAUCUCGCGAAAUAUACUCUACUGUCAUUCGAAGAAAUUUAAGACGUUCGCGCAAAAUUAAUGUUUUAAUUUCAUUUAUUGGUAUAUCCAUACGCGCUAGGUUCUUUGGGUUAUCGCGGAAGCCGUAAAGUGUACAGGUGCAGAAUCAGAGGCGAUCGAGUUGAAUGUAAGGACAAACGUUUGCGCAACUGUCGAUCAAUAUUGACGCCAUUCUGUGACGAUUCUGUUGUCACGAUAACGAACUUUGAUCUUCCAAUUGAAGAUUAGCGCUUCAAACAAUACUCCAACUACUUCAGAAAUCGAUCAGCUUAAUCCAGUGUCCGAUACUGUUUCAAAAUGAACGAACAUCCCUGUGUCUUUAACAGAAUGUACAUUAAACGCGAGUAAAAUUGUCCAAUCAAGCUGACCAACCGUAUUUUUGUAUUAUACAUUUUUAGACAAAUUUGUAUUUUCGGGCGGAAAGAGAACAUUCUUUCUCGUUUACAAUGCAAUUUUUGGAAAAUUAUUUAUUUCGUAUCGAUUCAACUACACCCUUGUCGAGUUACAAUGCUUGUUCCCUGGUUUCUAUUACGGAUUACGCUGCUCGAAAUUCACCCGCUACGAAGUAAAGUAUGUACGAUUCCAAAUAUCGAUAUGAACUCGGCGAUUUCCAGACUGUUCGUAUCCUUAAAUGUACAUAUUACUGUAAAUUACAAUAUGUGUCGCAGUACCUGUUUAUAUAGGUUCCAAAAUGGACUUUUAAAAGGUUGUUCUAACAUUUUCAAUAAAUAAUUUAUGUGGUUUUUUAA